AUGCAGGCGAUUCGGUCUGUGUCGGAGCUCUCAACGAACUCGGGACAUCUAGUUCUCAUCGAAUACUCCGAGCCGCAGCCGCCUAUGUUUUUAAACCAGGGAAUGGGCGCGUAUAUCAUCAAUUGGAUCGAUUCCGAGUGUCCCGAGGCGGAUUAUUCGCAGCCUGUCGAAGGCGUCAAUCGCGUGCUGAAGUCCAACGAGCUGAUGCCUCUGAUGGGCAUGCUGGAAAAGGGACAGCAGCAGCUUUCCUUCUGCUCUUCUCUCUACAAUACUCCCUUGUUUCAACACGAACUGCCUUCCACCGAUUAUCUCCUAACCAUUCAGAUCGAAUCACUGCGCGAGCCAUUCUCUCCGGCCAGUCAAGUGUACGAAGCGUCGAUUCGAAAAGCGGAUACUCUGUAUUUGGCUGGCAAAAUGGAGCCGAAUAUGCGUGUGUUUCUGCCAGGCGAUAAGGAUUAUUUGUCCACCAUGCAGCAGUUAGAGGAGUAUUUGCUUCAGAAAUACAUCCAGAAACGUGAAUUCCAAAAAUUGGGGUUAUUUAACGAAGAGGAGUUGAAGAAGUAUAAAAUGCGAAACAACUACCCUGUGUCGGUUCCUCGCAAUCUGACCCCCGAGCAGGUGUGCUUGAUGCAGAGUUCCCAAGUUUCGUACUACUGGCUGAAGGAUGCGGGCGUGUCGGACAUUCUGGACUUCACAACAACAUCUGCAACGACAUUGAUGCGAAACAAGGAGAAUUUGGAGCUGAUCUAUGAUUACACGAAUAAGCAGAUGAUUGAGCUGGAUAAGAUCGUGCUGGGCGGAUUGGAGGGAUCGAUGGACAGCAAGACGCUGGCGAAGCGCUAUUUCUACCACGACAUGCUUUACUUUAUCAAUAUCGAAUUAAACGCUGCGAACUAUUUGGUGGAUCGCGUGUGUCGAACGUCGUGGAACCUCACCGAUCAGUAUAUCAGUGCGAUUAUCGAGAAGAAAACGCGAAUGAGCAUGACGCACGAUAUCUACUUCGGCAAUCUGCAUGAAGAUACCGUCGGCGAAGCGUAUCUCUAUCUUCCUAACAAGUCUCUUCGUUCUCGAAAAGGAAAAGCCAAUGGCGGGCAGCGGCGUCGACGCGAUCCCGAUCAAGACACGGACUCGCAAGAAGAGCUCAAUGAAGAGGAUUUCCAGGAAAAGACGGAAAAGCCGAGGAAACAGCCGGAUCUGCGAACCCUCAAAAUGGGAGAACUGCGUCACAUUGCGCGCGAUCUGGGCUGUCCGAAGGCGGAGAUCGAUGUGUUGGACCGCUGGUCGCUGGUUGGAUACAUUGAGCGGCAUGGAAAGAACGAGUACGAAGAUCUCUUCCGUCUGAAGAAGCGCAACCAGCAGGAGCUGAACCAGGACUUCCAGAACCAAGUGAACCAAUUGUUCCGCGAGCAGUGCGAACGACUGAGUCAAACCACGCCGGAGCAGUUCAUUUCGUCCAUUAAAGUCGAUCUGAACACAUCGUUCCCGCUCGGCGAUUUGGAGAAACAGGCACUGAACAGUCCGACGCUGCUUCCGCUUGAUAGCCAGCCCUCUGCGAUGGAUUUGGGAGGGGCGAAGAACGGAUAUAAAGGGCGGCUGAAACACGACUUCGAGAACUACAAGCCGUUCCGACGCCAUCGUCUUGAGAAUGGAAAAGCUUCGCUGGUUCACCAAGUGAAGCUGACGGUGCUGUCCGACGGAAACAUCCACGCCGAGUGUUCCGAUUUGCGGAGCGCCAAGGAUAUUCACGCCGCGGAGAGGAUUUGCCGCAGCUACUCCAAGCCCAACUUCCCUCUUGCCGACCGUUUGGAUUUCACUGUUCUCCGCGAUUUACACAAAUUCGACGUGAACGCGUCCAAUCUGAAGCGGCCUGCCAAGGUGGCGGCUCGCAAAGGGAAAGUCAAUCUGACCGCAGCUCCGAAGCGACGCAGAAAAACACAAUCCAAAACGCCCAAAGAACCCAUCAAUGAGAUAGUGAGGCAGAAUCCACGCCAGCUGGUAACACUGCUGAACCAGGCGUUGAAGCGAGUGGAAGAGAAGGACAUCGAGAAGAGCUUCCAGAUACUGCCGAUUCCGGAGGCUCCGAUGGUCAUUGAGCAUCCGAUCGAUUUGUCGACAAUUCGAAGGAAGAUCGGAACGUGGGGAUACACGCAUGUGGAUCUGCUGAAUGAUAUGAAGCUGCUCUGCGAGAAUACAGAGAAAUUUAAUGGUGCGGAACAUGAGUUGACCAGAAUUGCGCGAGAAUUUGUGAUGAUCGUAGAGAAUUUCAUUCACAACCAAGAGAAUGUGGGCAGUGUGGAUCACAGAAUAACAAAUAGCAACUUAAGAUGGUCGAAAGACAUCUGGAAACGAGGCCGCCAGAGUAGAGGAAAAGGCACAACUUCCUUCUCAUUAUUGGGAGUAACAUGUAUUGUUUUUGCUUUGUUUUACAAACAAAUUGCUCUUUUUCAAGAACCGAAAAAGAGAUUGUAUCAAAGAAAGAAUGGUACAUAUCACUAA